AUGACGAGUACUUCAAUAGGAUAUAAUCCUGAAAAUAAUACCAAAUUUUUGGAAUCCCUGCAAGCCGAUUUAAAAACACUCAGUUCUGAAACUAAAAAAAAAUAUCCACAAAUAAAAGAAUCAUGCGAAGAAUGUAUGGCAAAGCUGAGAACAGCUAUAAACAAUCCAGGAACUCCGAUUUAUCCUAUUGUCAAUCAAAUUCUAUAUCCUCUGGUCCAAGGAUGUGAGAGUAAGGAUGUUAAAAUCAUUAAGUUUUGUUUGGGAAUGAUGCAAAGACUGAUAACCCAGCAAGCAAUAGAUCAAAAAGGAGCUCGUUAUAUAACAGACACAUUAUGGAUGUUAAUGGAGCUCGGUAUGGAGGAAGUAAAAGUACUGCAGACAGUAACUCUAUUACUGACAAGCAACACAAUUGUCCACGGAGAAAUACUGUCGAGGAACCUAGUGCUGUGCUUCAGACUCCACUUUACCAAAGACUCGACAACGAUAAACACAGCGAGUGCAACAGUAAGACAACUAGUGUCAUUAGUAUUCGAACGUGUGAUAGCCGAAGAUGAGAAAAAUCCAAGUGAAAUUGAAAUGGAGAAAACCGUGUUGGAAGAAUUGAAAGCGUGCACCGGGCAGCCGCCAAAGGGACUGGCUCCCUGUGCUGCUGAUGCUUUUUUGAUGUUUCAGGACCUCGUGCAAUUAGUAAACGCCGACUCGCCGUACUGGCUGAUCGGAAUUACCGAGAUGACGAGGACUUUUGGGCUGGAGCUUUUGGAGUCUGUCCUCACAAACUUCUCCUCUGUAUUUUUUAAGCAUCCGGAAUUUAGUUUUUUACUGAAAGAACGCGUCUGUGCGUUAGUUAUUAAAUUGUUCUCACCUAAUAUUAAAUACCGUAAUUCUGUACCUGCUUCAGUACAGCAAGCCACGCCUCUUGAUAAACCGUAUUUUCCAAUAAGCAUGAGACUUUUGAGAGUUGUUUCUAUAUUAGUACAAAAAUAUCAUUCAUUACUGGUCACUGAGUGUGAAAUAUUUUUAUCAUUAAUUGUAAAAUUUUUGGAUCCCGACAAGCCAGCCUGGCAACGAGCUUUAGCGCUCGAAGUUUUGCACAAAAUGACAGUACACACCGAUCUUCUAACAAGCUUCUGCGAGUGUUACGAUUUAAAGCAACAUACCACGCAUAUUUUUCAAGAUAUAGUCAACAGUUUGGGUGCUUACGUACAUAAUCUUUUUAUUAAUUCACCUGUUGCGAGUCAAGCUGCUGGAGCCGCAGUCCAAUCAGCACAAGGAGCAGCGCCAAGUCUGCUAGCGGGGAUGCCAGUGGGCCCAGGAGUAACACCCCAACCCGGUUUCUAUUCCCGAGGCGUCUGGUUACCAGUAGUAGCAACUUUCUCCAGUGGUCAAGCCAAGUCAGUCUACUUAGAAAUGCUGGAUAAAAUAGAACCACCACAAAUUCCUGACGGCUACGGAAUAAGUAUCGCGUACGCAUGUUUGCUCGACAUAAUAGGCUCGAUAUCUCUCGCAAUUCUAGGAUCUAAAGAGCAGAACGGUAAAAAUCGUUGCAAUGCAACAGAAGCCGAGCGCAAAUUACACAUACAAUUAAUAAACUCAAGCUGGUGCGGACUAUUAGCAGCAUUGAGUCCCCUAGUCGACGCCAGUACCGAUGAGACAGCUACAGAGAAUGUCUUAAAAGCGAUACAGAGUUUCGCAUCGCUCUGCGGUCUACUAGAACUCCAAACUCCCCGAGACGCAUUCAUAACAGCGAUCUGCAAAGCGUCUUUACCUCCACACUACGCUCUGACUGUCCUAAACAACGCGCCCCAGGGGAUUCCGUCAGCCCGUUUACAAGAACCGAGCCAGUACAAUCCUUCAACAAUGGGCGAGCAGGACUACCGUCAGCAGGUAGUGGUGGUAGGAACGCCUCUACCAACAGCUUCACUCCCAAUUGGAGCGCAGCAAAUUUCCGUAAUGCUGACUGCCAAAAAUCUGCAAUGCAUGCGUGCGUUGUUAAUGCUAGCGCAUUGCCACGGAAGCAUCCUCGGCAGCGCCUGGCACUUGGUGCUCACGACCCUCCAGCACCUGGUCUGGAUCCUCGGCCUCAAGCCUUCUACCGGCGGAUCUUUAAAAGCCGGAAGAACAGUCACAGACACCAACGCCGUGCUAACAACAGCAGUGAUGGCUGAUCUUCCAGUGCUCAGCGCGAUGCUGAGCCGACUUUUUGAGAGCAGUCAGUACCUGGACGACGUCGCCUUGCACCACCUCAUCGACGCACUCUGUAAAUUAAGCCAGGAAGCCAUGGAGCUGGCUUACUCAAAUAGAGAGCCUUCUUUGUUCGCAGUAGCCAAGCUUUUGGAAACUGGCUUAGUAAAUCUUCCGCGAGUGGAAGUUCUCUGGCGACCUUUGACCAACCAUUUACUAGAAGUCUGCCAGCAUCCGCACAUAAGAAUGCGUGAGUGGGGUGUCGAGGCGAUAACCUACCUAGUAAAAGCAGCCUUGCAGCACAAGUACCCUCAGCCUCUUCGAGACAAUCAAAAGCUUCAAACUCUCUUACUGGGGCCUCUAGCAGAACUGUCUUCAGUCGGACAUGCCGACGUGCGUCACCGUCAACUCGAGUGUGUUCUCCAAGUUCUCCAGGGUGGAGGAGAGACUCUAUUCCACGGCUGGCCCCUAGUACUCGGUAUCAUCGGCGCUGUUUCUGAUCACCACGGUGAAACUCUGGUUCGCAUCGCGUUCCAGUGUCUCCAGUUAGUAGUCACAGACUUUUUACCCGUCAUGACCUGGCGAUGUCUUCCACUCUGCGUCGACACGGCAGCUAAAUUCGGCUCACAAACCCAAGAGCUAAACAUUUCUUUGACUGCUGUGGGACUAAUGUGGAAUUUAAGCGACUACUUUUUUCAGAACCAAGAAAAAUUGUGUCAUUCUUUAAAAGGCGACACCGGUUCAAUAUUCCCCGAUUUUCCGGGCACGACAAACAUGCCACCAUUCGACAAACUCUGGAUGUGCCUUUACACAAGACUAGGAGACCUCUGCGUGGAUUCAAGACCAGCUGUCCGUAAAUCAGCCAGUCAAACAUUAUUCUCGACAAUUUCUGCCCACGGAGGCUUGCUCAAUCAGCCAACUUGGCAAGCAGUCCUCUGGCAGGUGUUAUUCCCGCUUUUAGACAAGGUGCGUAAUUUAUCCAGCUCUGCCAGUAACGAAAAAGUCGACACCAGCGGGAACAUUCUGAUCCACCACAGCAGAAACACUGCGCAAAAACAGUGGGCAGAAACCCAAGUUUUAACUCUAAGCGGAGUCGCAAGGGUCUUUAAUACAAAAAGACAAUUACUUCAAAUGUUAGGAGACUUUCCUCGUGCUUGGUCACUUUUACUUGAGUUCAUCGAACACUCCGCGUUGAGUAAGAACAACGAAGUAUCUUUAGCAGCUCUGAAAUCUUUCCAAGAAAUUUUAUACAUUCAAAAAAACGGUGACAAUACCGAAAGCAUGCCUGCUGGAGAGCCAGAGAAUCUUUGGUUCGUCGCCUGGCGCGUCUGGCUAAAUAUAGGUAUGGAGAGCGCAACUCCCCCCAAUGACGACGAAGUAGAGCCCUAUGUUCCUUCUCAAGCAUUCCUCGCUGCGCUUGUUCAGAUAUUUCCUGCUUUAUUCCAGCAUAUCAGGAAAAAAUUCACGGGCUCAGAUCUCAAAAAAUUAUGCAAAGUCUUGAAAAACGUCGUGCAAGUUCCAGUUCAUGGAGAAUCGACCCCGUAUAUUCUCCCUACGGUGCCAGACGUCGUGCUGACUCAGCUGCAAGACGGAGUGCUUCAUUCAAUGGAACUUCUUCAGAAAGAAGCGCUUACAGGCGCUGACAAUCUCCGAACUAUGAUUGGCUCGAUAUUUCUGCAAUUGUUGAACUUUACCAAACUCGCUUGUCACGCGCCUACUUACGGGAAGUUGACAACGAAGCAUUUGUCCCAAGUAAGAGGCAUGUCUGCUGACUGGGUGAGUAUGAACUACGUACCUUUUGGAGAGAAAGCUUUAACUAUGGUCGUUAAUUUGUAUCAAAAAACAGCUGCUGAGCAAGUUGUGAUUGAUGAAGAAAUUUUGAAGCACAUUAUUGAAGCGCUGAGAGUUCCCUUGGCGAUGAAGUACGCCUGUCCUUCUUCCACCACGUGGAAGCUAGCUGUGACGAGUCUGUUAGCUGUUUUACACACUGGGUUACCAUUGGCUAGGAUGUAUCCCGAAAAAUUCCAAAGCAUGUGGCCGGUUUUGGCUGAUACUAUGGAUGAAUUCUUGUUCCCCAAAAGUGUGGUUAAAGUUGAGAGGAACAUUGAUGAGAUCCAAGCUGAUGAAGCGGUUGAUUGUCAAGUUAUGGAGCUGCUUAGAGAUAAAGUUUUACCGCAUAGUCAACACAUACCGCAUCAGUUUAUUUUAAGGGUGAUCAUGUUGCUGAACAAGGGCUCGAUACACUCCGCAACUUCUACGAAUAUUGAAAUGAACGGAGAGACUAAAUUAAGGGAAGAGUUUGCGAAAACUUGCUUUGAAACUUUAUUGCAGUUUUCAUUACUUGAAGGGCUGAAUAAUGUUCCCGAAUUGUCGAUUGAAAAUAAUACUAAAGAUUGUGAUGAAGGUGGUAUCGCUGGACGGUUAGCUGUCACUGCUCUGCUUCAUAGAUUUCAGGAGGUCCUUUGGCGGUACAUCGAAGAUGAACGACGAAGUAGCAAGUGUCCGUUGCCUCGGUACAGAAUGUCAGAGAUUUCAUUUGUAUUAAAAGCUGUUGCCACUCUUGUUGUUUCUCUUAAAAAGGCUCCGGCUAAUAAAGUCGAAAGGUCUGUUUGGAUGCAAUUAAUUGAACUUUACCCUUGUCUAGUUGAGUGUAAUUUGGCGACAGCUUCUCCGCAAGUGUCUAGGUCGCUCAGAGAAGCUCUUAUGCAGUAUCAUGAUUUAUUAAGACCUCCUCCUGAUAGUCCGCUUACGUCGAAUGGUGUUUGA